GCGCGUUCAGUCCGCGGGCCGCGUUGCCUGGUAACGCUACCAGCCUACCCGCUCGCCUGCCAGCCGGCUAGCUCGCCAGCCGUGCUCCCUCUCGCCGAGCGUCCAGUCGCGGCACAACACUCGGGGGGUAUUGAUCGGACAAAGGACCUUCCGGCCGUCUUUCCGUCUGCCUGACCGGCCAGUCCCCAACUGACCGUGGCAGCGAUCACAGCUGAACAGCAAACCGAGAAGACGGUGACAGCGUGUACACGAUCGUCGUCGUUCGCAAAUCCUCUGCGCAGCUGCUAGAGACGUACUGUCCGGUGGCGAAAAGUGUCACGUACUUCCGCUGACACCGGUAGCAGGUGAGGAGCUGCCAGCAUCACCACAGCCGCGGAAGUAACGACGCCGGCGUGGACGAACAACAGGACUCGCGCACGCCGUCUCCAGCAGCAGUCAGCAGUGUAACGCGUACUCAUGUAAAGUUUCGUGUGUCGACCGACGCGUGUUGCCACUGCAAGAAGUAAACAUUGUUGCCUGCGGAGAUAUAUAUCUUUGUUAUUAACUCGACAAGAGUAGAUCAGCAGCAGGCAGAUUUGAAAUUAUUCUCGUGUUUUAGCGAGUGGCUCACUCUUCGUGUGACUGUGUUGUUGUUGUUAUUCUCGUUUGUCGUCCUAGGCACAAGUAACACUGUGUGCCGGCAGUGAUAUCGUGGCGGCGUGGCGCAUCGCCAUGGCGAGCGCGAAGACUGCGCCGUCGCUAGUGCCUGUUAAAAGGCCCAUUCGUCAGCUGUCUGUGCUGGAGAAGCUAGAGGCGAUCGAGCGUGUGCACAAUGGGGAGUCGAAGGCUUCUGUGGCACGCGACAUCGGUGUGCCCGAGUCGACACUGCGAGGCUGGUGCAAAAGCGAAGACAAGCUGCGUAACGUAGCGCAGUCCUGUGGAGGUGGUGGUGGAACGCCGGACUCGCAACAUUCGGGCGGUGCCGCAGAAUUAGCAGAACUUGACGCACUUGUGGAACAAGGAACCUCCGGUGAUCAUCCAGCCAUUAAACGAAUGAGGACGGCGUCCGAUGACGAGAAGGCUUCUGUCGCUGCCGUCGCCGCCGCUUCCGAUAUAGAGGAUUCUUUGUGGUACUGGCUGAAACAGGACCACCAGCAUGUGAGUAAUCAGCUGUUCGCAGUGGCAGCGGCGGACAAGCUGGCAGCAGCAGCGGCCGCUGGGGCGGCAGUAGCGGCCGUCGCCAACGGCGGAAGCGGAGGCGGCGUCGCCGGGGGAGCAGCGUCUGCGGCGGCACCGGCGAACGCCGGAUGGUUCUGGCGUUGGUAUAAGCGAUACGGCUAUACGCAAUAUCCCGGUGAUCCGUUGGCGGCUCUUACAGCCGCUCCCGCACCGGACCUCAGGGCUGCGGGGGCGGCUCUAAACGGUGGUGGGGGCGGCACGGCCUCCAGGUCAGCGGCGCUUCUCGACAGCGUGCUUCUCAAUAACAACAAUAAUCUCGCUGCAGUCGCUCCUGCAUUCAACAACCACGGAAAUACCAAUACGUCAGCGACGACGCACCACGACCAGCACAAUAGCGGCGCCAGUAACGGUACGAACGCGAAUGGCAGCGCCGGCAACAACAACGGAUCGUCGGACGAGGACGACGAGCUGGACGAGUCGGACGAACCACCUGCAACGGCGGCGGAGGCCGUGACGCACGGAGAGAAGUUUCUCCGGUGGCUGGAAUGCUGCUCUGAUCCUAGCAUCACAGCUAUGCAGAUUCUUCAGUUUCGCUACUUGCUCAACAAUGUGCGGGCGUGCGCCGAUCGACGUGCGAGACAGACAAAAACGAAAAAAGCGCGCUCCAGGAGAAAGUAAGUGGUACGCAGCUCGUUUUUACCGCGGUGUUGUGACGUUAAUUCGAGGGAGCAACAAAUGGAUAUGCUCCCUUACGUGGGAAGGAACUGUAGUGAAGCUUUACCUGUUUUGUUGUUGAUAUUCGGUGCAGCAGUUGUGCUGUAUGUAAUCAACGUCGGUCGUGUUUUUCAGGAUGUAGACUUUUCACUCCUCGACAGUUUGAAUGUUUCUUGACAUUGUGUAAUAUUAAUUUAAGGAACGCUAUCGCUUUGGACAUGAUUUUAUUAAUGCUUUCUAGUAGAAGGCUGUUACAUUUGUUUUGUAUCGUUGGGUACAACGUGCAUAUAAAAACCGGCAGUUCAGUAGUCAGUUUUUGACUAACGAUAUCGCUGUUUUGUAGCGCUUUCACAGAUAUGUUCCUGUACAAUUUCUGACAGUUCCUGCGCACUGAGGCGCCGGCCACUUGCGCCACAACUCUUCACGUAAACACAAGUGUGACGAAGUUGAAACGUUUUUUACUGUUUUUAUUCUUGUCGUUGAAACGUUUCGUAUAUAGCCUUAAUGAUUUACUAAACUAUCCACAGUUUAAAAUCCUCCAGAAAAUGAGUUACUAAUAGCGAUGCUGUCAUACGAAGGCCCAGGCACCACUAAAGUCCUCAGGAGCUCCUUAAUGUGUGACCUGAAGGAGUGAGGUAUUACAUAAAAAAUGAAGGGAUGCAGGUGGUCUACAAUAUUGUUCACUUUACUUCCAUCUGUCAUGGUGCCUUCAGUCACCGCCGCACGUUCCAUGGAAGCCCAGAAAGCACAUAGGUGCAAGGCUACCGGCCGUGACUUCAAAGUUGAGAAGGAAAUUGUAUUGGUUUUACAUAAAAGAAUUUAACAUUUAUUAUGUAAUGGAUAUUAUUGUUACUUUAUUUAUAACAUGAAAGUGGGUAAAACUUUGAUUAUUAAAAUAUGUUAAAAUGUAAAGUAAUGUAAAAUAAGUUGUAGCCAGUCUGAUGGACGGCUUCAGGAAAGGGAACUGCACUAGUCAGUUGAGCGACGAUGCUCGUCAUGCUGGAAACAUGGCUGGAGGCGGGCAGAGGACAGUUCUGGUCUAGACACCAAAGGGUACAGUUCAGAUAGACACACUAAAACAGACAGUUCGGCUGGAGACACCAAAGAGAGACAGUGCUGGUGGAGACGUAAAAGCAGACAGUCGGUCUUUAGGUAGUUAAGCAGUGAAACAACUUAGAAAAUUUCGCAUUGUGUGGUAUUGCGGGACUUAGUCUCUGAGUGGUGAGCAGCUGCGUGCCUGGUGUGAACUCUAACUUUUUGUGUGGAGUAUGGGACUUGUGUUUCACAAUGAGUUGUGAAUGAUAGAACUGUGUCAAAUGGAUAUACACUUGAGUGUAACAGUAACUCUAAAUAUGACCACUUCCGCUAUUAGUUUACUUUAUGAAUAAACAUUACUCUAACCAAAUCGCAACUGUAUGGCCUACAUCAUUUAUGGGUCGUUAAUUUAGUUCCCAAUAUUAUUAUUACUGUUAUCAUAUGUUAUGUUAACUUUUUAUUUCACAAACUUGCCAUCAGCCAGACAAUUUAAUCACAGGAUCACGAAUGUCUAAUUUAGGAUGAGUAAUGCGACACAUGCUUUUGACCCCCAGACAAGGUUGCGCCAAGGCAUUUUGACGAAGAGGAACUGCAUGUGAGCCCAAACAUCUAUGGGAUGUUAGCUCGCAACGUGUAAAAGGAAUCCACUUUGUUCUUACAAAAGAAUGUUUACUGUGCUCUGAACACUUCUAGUAAUGGUGCUAGGAGACAAUAAGUAAUCGAGUCAGUAAUGAGAUUCUUCUUUCACUAAAGAUAUAACUGGCUACCAUUUCAUACACGUUUUUAUUAACUCCAAAAAUCCUGGUUUUGAGGUAGCACAGCCAUGUCAACCACAUUUAUAUAUUCCACAUGCAUGCAUGUUAAAAAUAAUUUUAUUUUUAUAAAAAAAUUGAGAACAGGAUGUAUUCUUAAAGCUGAACUGGUCUUUGAGCAAUUUAUGUAGUUACAGCUAUAAUUUGAGAAUAGUAUAAUAUGCAGAAUUCACAGUUAUGGUGAAUAGAGACAUUAAUUACAGUCCAAGCAGAAAAUGUUGUCCUUUCUAAAAUACUGUAGGACCAUUGAAGCAAGUAAACAGAAAACAAUGACACAUUUGCUUCUAGAGUUUGACUUAGUAAAGCAACCAGGAAUGGGAGGGAGUGACGAUGUAUUGCAUAAAGAAACAAAUGUGCCAGUGAACAAUGACAGUAAGAGGAGACAAUGAAUAACAGUUUACAUCAAUUGGAUGAAUAAAAAAGUCUACUCACCAAGUGGCGGCAGGAGAACAAACACACAACUAUGCGACCUAUCAAAGGCGUUCGACUGUGUAGAUCACCAGAUACUCCUCAAGAAGGCCUGUCAUUAUGGAAUUACAGGACCUGUAGGAAACUGGUUAAAAUCGUACCUCGAAAAUAGGAAGCAGAAGAUUAUUCUAGAUGUUUCAGAUAGUGUAUCACAAUAUAUAGUGGACUCUGAGUGGGGAAUUGUGCAGCAGGGAGUGCCACAGGGAUCAGUGCUUGGGCCCUUGCUGUUCCUCAUAUAUGUUAAUGAUCUGCCUUUAUCCAUCAAUAAGCAGUGUAAAUUUACAAUGUUCGCUGAUGAUACGAGCAUUGUGGUGGAUAAUGUGUCAACUACUGACUUAGAAUCUGAGGUCAAUGAUAUCCUUAAAGAAGUUCUGGGUUGGUUUAGUAUUAACUCCCUUUCAAUAAACCUGAAAAAAACCAAUUUUAUCCAGUUCCAGACAACCCACAAAAACCCAAAAGAAAUAGUUAUCACACAGAAUGAUCAGAUGAUAAAGCAAGUGUACUUAUCAAAAUUCCUAGGCGUAUACGUGGACAGUAGGCUGAACUGGGAACAUCACGUUCUACAAACACUAAAACGGCUGACGUCGGCAACAUUUGCUUUAUGAAUUUUGUCACGCUUCAAUGACAUUACCAUCUCAAAGUCAGCUUACUUUGGCUAUUUUCAUUCAGUCAUGUGUUAUGGCAUCAUCUUCUGGGGCAAUACACCUGCCGCAAAGAAAAUCCUCACAGCACAAAAAAGAGCAAUAAGAAUCAUUUGUGGUGUACCCCCACGAACCUCAUGUCGAAAUCUUUUUAAACGACUUGAAAUACUGACAGCAACAUCUCAGUACAUAUAUUCACUGAUGUGCUUCGUAAUAAAUAACCCCACUCUGUAUGAAACGAAUUGCCUACAUCAUGAACAUAACACCAGAAGAAAAGAGGAUUUCCACUGUGAGUUAAAGAACUUGACACUUAUUCAGAAAGGGGUAAAGUACGCUGGAACGAAAAUUUUCAAUUCCCUACCCAACAGCAUCAAAAGUAUAAGGAGUAGUACAUCAGUAUUUAAACGUAGCUUGAAAAAUUAUUUACUUGAGACCUCACUUUAUUCACUAGAGGAAUUCUUUCAGAGAAAUAAGUAAAACCCAGAUUGGAAAGAUGAUUUUAAAUUUUUUGACACUGUUUACUGUUAAACUAAUGUAAUAAUGCCCUAAUGUAAAAAUUCCUGUUUUUCUCAUUUCCAUUUUUGGGUCACUUUUAAACCCAAAGUGGGAAGUUUUGAUUACUGUUCAAGGUUAAAAUAGAUGAAAUAAUGCCCUAUAUAUGAAACUGCUAUCUUCACAUUUAUGUUGACUAGUUUUUAAGCUAAUAAGUAUGACUUUUGUGCACUGUUAUUAAUACUAUAACAAUGUCUUUAUUCUAUGUAUUUUAUUAUGUACAUUGACACGUUCCACAUCUGA